CGCUGCCAUGUGAGCACCGUUUCGCAAAACUGCCUGUGAUUUUCUUUUCCACCGCAUCUUGGAGGGGAUCAGUCGCUUCAAGGUGCACCUCGAGCCAAUGAGGUUCGCGCGGUGAACGUAGCGCUCCUGCCUCGUCGGCAUAAUGAUUCAUUAGAAGUAAGGAAGCCCGAUCACGCUAUCCCUGUCGCCAGACACGCCUGAGAGGAAAACAAAAAUCGUCAAAUAGAAGGGGUGUUCCUCCCGCACCAGCAAGUUACUCGCCAGCAAGAUGUACUCGACCUCCGAAGAAUGUGCGCCCGGAUCGCGAUCGCGUUUCUCUCGAGUCCGUGAAGCAGCCUGCUGUCUGGCAUAAGACGAGACCUCCUCAUAUUGUGUUUUUUUUUUCUCUAUUUGAUUUUGGUUAAACUGUAAACUGCAAACUUGGUUAUUUGGUUACGAGGGGAGGCAAGGAGUCGUGUGGACACGCAGCAGAUUAAAGGCAGAAAACAGGAUUGCCGUUCCUUGUGAUUGGAUGGGAGCCGAUUUUGACCUUAGAAACCGAAAAUGAUGUUGCUAUGGAAACUGCUGGUGCUGCAAUCAUUCAUGGGCUGCCUUGCAGAUAACAGCGCUCUUCAUGGACCCGUCUUCACACAGGAGCCGAGCAGCGUGGUGCUUUCAGGGGAUAAAGAGAACAAGGUGGUGUUGAACUGCGAAGCCAAAGGGAGCCCCCCUCCAAACUACAGGUGGAAGGCUAACGGGACAUUUCUCGACCCCAGAGUGGAUUAUCAUUAUACUCUAGUCCGAGGGAACUUGGUAAUCAGCAGGCUGAACAAGGACCGAGAUGUGGGCUCAUACCAGUGCGUGGCGUCCAAUCCGUUUGGGACCAUCGUCAGCAAGGAGGCCAGCCUUCAGUUUGCAUAUCUGGAAAGCUUCAAGGCGCAGACGCGCAGCGCGGUUUCUGUCCGUGAAGGACAAGGCGUCGUUCUGCUCUGCGGCCCCCCGCCGCACUCUGGAGAGCUCACGUACUCCUGGAUCUUCAACGAGUACCCGUCAUUCGUGCAGCAGGACAACCGGCGCUUUGUGUCCCAGGAAACGGGAAACUUGUACAUCGCCAAAGUGGAGCCUUCAGAUGUGGGGAACUACACCUGCGUGGUGACCAAUACGGUGACCCAGAGCCGAGUGCAGGGCCCCCCGACGCCGCUGGUCCUGCGCACUGACGGAGUGAUGGGGGAAUACGAGCCCAAGAUCGAAGUGCAGUUUCCGGAGUCCGUGCCUGUGGCCAAAGGGUCCACCGUCAAGAUGGAAUGCUUUGCACUGGGAAACCCAGUGCCCGCCAUCACCUGGAGGAGAGCCGACGGAAUUCCUUUUCCUAGAAAGGUGGACUCGGCCAAGAAGAGCGGGGUGUUGGAGAUCCCGUUUUUCCAGCAGGAUGACGCGGGUUUAUAUGAGUGCAUCGCAGAAAAUUCCAAAGGAAAGAACGUCGCGAGAGGGAAGUUGACUUUUUAUGCUCAGCCUCACUGGGUCCAGAGAAUAAGUGAUGCCCACAUGUCCAUCGAUGACGGCCUGUCCUGGGAGUGCAGGGCCAGCGGGAAGCCAAAGCCAUCCUACAAGUGGUUAAAGAACGGGGAGCCCCUCGAGACGGUCGAGGAAAGAAUUCAGGUGACCAACGGCGUCCUCACCAUCUCCGCCUUGAACCUCAUGGACUCAGGGAUGUACCAGUGUGUGGCUGAAAACAAGUACGGCGAGAUCUACUCCACGGCCGAGCUGCGAGUCAUAGCUGUGGCCCCCGACUUCUCGGAGAAUCGCUUGAAGAGGCUCUCGAUGGUGAAGGUGGGCGGUGAAGUUGUCAUUCACUGCAAGCCCCGGAUGUCUCCCAGAGGAAUCUUCUCCUGGAGCAAAGGGAAUGAAGCCCUGCGAGAAAACGAGAGGAUAAGCGUUCUGGAAGAUGGAAGCCUUCGAAUCGCCAAUGUCACCAAGGCCGAUGAUGGGAGCUACACGUGUGUGGCAAGAAACCAGUUUGGGGAAGCGAGCAGCAGUGGCAUCCUCGUGGUGAAGGAUGCAACUGUCAUCACGGGCCCCCCGUCCGACAUGGACGUGACUGUGGGUGAAAGCAUAGUCCUGCCGUGCCAGGUGUCACAUGACAUCUCCCUGGACCCAACGUUCACCUGGUCCUACAACGGAGAGCCCAUCGACUUCAGAAGGGAUGGCGACUACUUUGAGAAGGUCGGAGGGCAGCAUUCCGCAGGGGACAUGAUGAUCCGAAGUGUGCAGCUCAAACAUGCCGGGCGCUACUCCUGCGUGGUGGAGACCAGCGUGGACGCCGUGUCUGCCGAAGCGGACCUCGUUGUCAGAGGUCCGCCGGGCCCACCUGAGCACGUAGAAGUAGAGGAAAUAAGCGACACCACGGCGCUGCUGUCCUGGAGGCCGGCCCCCGAUAACCACAGCCCCAUCACCUCCUACACCAUUCAGGCCAGGACCCCCUUCUCUGUGGGCUGGCAGGCCGUGACCACAGUUCCAGAGCUCAUUGACGGCCGACAGCUGACAGCCACGGUGGUCGAGCUCAGCCCCUGGGUGGAGUACGAGUUCCGGGUCGUGGCGAACAACGCCAUUGGCAUCGGGGAGUCGAGCGUGCCGUCCAAACAAGCAAGGACCGAGGAAGCCAUUCCAAAGGUGACGCCAUCCAACGUGAGCGGAGGCGGAGGGAGCCGGUCUGAGCUGGUAAUCACCUGGGAGCCUGUUCCCGAAGAGCUGCAGGCCGGGCCGGGAUUCGGCUACGUGGUGGCCUUUCGCCCCCUGGGCUCCACCAGCUGGAUGCAGGCCGCGGUGACGUCGGCGGACGCCUCCAGAUACGUCUACAAGAACGAGAGCAUCCCGCCGUUCUCCCCGUACGAGGUGAAGGUCGGGGUGUACAACAAUAAGGGCGAAGGCCACUUCGGCCCCUCGGUCACCAUCUACUCGGCGGAGGAGGAACCCACCAGAGCGCCAACUAAAAUCCGAGCUCGGAGUCUUUCUGCCUCAGAAAUCGAAGUCUCCUGGCGUCCGGUCUCCGGGAACACCAGCAAGAGGAGGGUCUUAGGCUAUGAGCUGAGAUACUGGAGUCAGGAUGGAAAAGAAGAGAUGGCAAGCAUCGGAAGAACCGUGGGAAACAAAACGCUGGCCGUCAUCAAGGGGCUGAAGGGCAGCAUGCUGUACCACAUCACGGUGCGGGCAUACAACAGCGCCGGCGUGGGGCCACCCAGCGUGACGGUCAACGCCACCACCAAGAAGCCCCCCCCAAGUCAGCCCCCCUUGAAGAUCGUGUGGAACACGUCGGACUCCAAGAUCAUCCUGAACUGGGACCAGGUGAAGGCCCUGGAGAACGAAUCGGAGGUGACCGGCUACAAGGUUUUAUAUAAAAGAAACAAGCAGAGCAGCACCAGCGUCAUCGAGACCAACACGACAUCGGUGGAGUUGUCCCUGCCCAGUGACGAUGAGUACGUCAUUCAGAUCAAACCCCUGAGCGACGGCGGCGAUGGCAGCAGCAGUAAGCAGAUCACAAUCCCGGGCUCUUCAGGCUCAGAUGCCGUCGCCUCAGCGUCUAAGGUGUCCACCCUGUCGGCCCUCAGUACAAUCGUGCUGUCCUUCACAGCCAGGUCGACGUUAUGACGAAGAGCGCGGCUCGGACUUUCCGCUGGACUCCUCGGGAUGCCAGCACUGAGUGGGACGCCGGCCGGUGCCAGUUAUUCAUAGAUAUGAUGUUUAGGAUUUAGAAGACAUAAAGAGAAACGAAACACAACACAACCAACCAACCAACCAACCAAUCCUCUCCAAGAAGAAAAGCG